AUGACCGCCAUCCAUCCCGCGGCUCUCAUCAUGGACGAGAAGCAUCAGCACCAACAUCAACAGCAAAUCAUGGCAUCUCCAAGGCGUUCUCGCGCCCGUGAGCUGCUGCUCGUUGUCAUGUGCUUCUUCGUCGGCUUUCACCUCUGGACACACUCCGUCGCAGUGCCCUUUCUGCCGCAGCAGGCCGCCGACUUUCUCGCGCCGACGGAUGACGAUAACAGCGUCACUGGCCUCGUCCCGUUUGAAGCGCACAUCAUCAGCAAGUGUCCUGAUACUAGGCACGCUCUCCGCAACUUGAUCUUGCCCGUCAUGCAAAAAGUCCACGACAAGGUCGAUUUCACGCUCUCGUACAUUGGCAAGUAUGUCAACCCAGCUAGCUCUCCCACAUCCGUGUCAUCUAGCAUCCUUGCUAACACACCGGCACCCAGGCCCACUGCCAACGGUGGCGUCGACUGCAAACACGGUCCCUCCGAGUGCAUCGGCAACAUCAUCGAACUCUGCGCCCAUGAGCUGUAUCCCGACCCCAAGAUCUACCUGGGCUUCGUCAUGUGCCUGACCAAGGACUACCCCCUCAUCCCCGAGCGCACGCUCAUCGAAGACUGCGCCCUCGAGCACGCCAUCGACUUCAACAAGCUCAACGAAUGCGCCGCCCGCGACGAGACCGCCCACGGCAUAGAGCUGCUGCGAAACAGCGUCCAGCGGUCUGCCGAGGUGAGCUUCCCCCCUUACGAAUCGCGAGAAUGGUUGGAAAAGAUGCCAUGA